AUUUUUAAAUUUAUUGGAGAGAAUUUAAAUUUUUUACAAAAUUUAGUAAAGCACAUAAAAAAUAAAAGUAUUUCUGAAAUACUUCUAAAACUUUUGAUUAAUGUAGGAACUGAUUCUAAUAAUGAAAUAGACGAAUUUAAAGUAUAUUUUAUUUAUAUUUUAUAUUAUUUUUUAAAAAAGGAAUAUAGAAUAUUUAUUUUAGAUUAAUUACAUUAAAAAUUAAAAAAUAUAAAUGAAUUAGAUGGAGUAGAAAAAGAAAAUAUAUGCUUUAUAAUUAGCGAAAUAUUUUAAUAGCAUCUAAAUAAUAAUAAUAAUAAUAUAUGCAUUUAAACUUGUUUAAUUUUUUUAUUAAAUGAUGAAUGUAUAAAAAUUUAUUUUUAAGGAGUUUUAGAAAGUAAAUAUUUGACUUGUGAAGCUAAUAAUCUUUUAUAAGUAUUAUAUUAUUAUUGUAAUAAAUAAAAAAUCAUAAAACAUAAAUUAUCUGAAGAGCAUGAUGCUAAGCUUGAUAAUGAAAAAUUAGUAAUGCCUGCUUAAAAUUUAUUUUUUGAAAAUCUUUCUAAAUUAAUAGAUAUUAUUUAAGUUAAACAGGAAAACUAUGGUCAUUAAACCACUUAUGGUGACUAAAUAAUACCUUUUAGUAUAGGAAAGUUAAAAAUAAUUGAAUUAAUUUCUUAAAUAAUGAAAACUGAAAAUAUAACUUUUAUUGAAAAAAUUGUUUAGAAUAAUAUCUUUCAAAUAAUUUUAGAAUUAAUGUUAAAAUAUCCUUGGAAUAAUUUAUUACAUUGCUUUGCAGAUAAAAUUAUAACUGAUGGAUUAAAUAUUAUUUAUGAGCACAAAUCAGAUAUUGUAAAAAAAUAUAUGUUCGAAAAAUUCAAUAUACUGGACUUUAUAUCAUAAAACUCUUAAGAUGAAUUUUGUAAAGGAUAAGCUAUGAAAAAUAGUAUUAGAAAAGGUUAUAUUGGGUUUUUGACUAAUUUAGCUAGAAAAUUAUAAGAUAAUUCUAAUUAAGAAAUAGAAAAUUAUAAAAAAUAAAAUAAAAACUGGAGUAUAUAUUUAAAUGAAAAGUUUUUUAAAAUACAAACUAUUGAAGAUUAAUAACUUGGAGGAUCUGAUCCUAAAAAAAUGAAAGAAAAUGAUUAAUUUAAUGAACAUAAAUUAGAAAUUGAUAUAUAAAAAAUAUAUGAUAAUUUUAGCACUUAUUUUCAAUAGUAAAACAAAGCUGAAAUUAAUGAAAUUGAAGAGAAUGAUUUAGAUAGUGAUGAUUAAGAAGCUGAGGAAAAAUUUUAAUAAAUUACAGACUAUGAUUAGGAGAUUUAAAGUGAAUGUUUGCUAAGAGCAUUAUUUUAUAAUAUAUUUAUUAAGAAAAUGCUAAUGAAAUUAUCAGAGACAUAUAAAAGUAAAACAAUCGAAUUAGUUUAAGAAAAUACUGUAGUAGGUUAUUAAGGUUGGUGCACUGUAUUUUCAGAAAUGCCAAUAUUUGAGGGUUUAUAUUAUUGGGAAGUAGAAAUAUUACCACCAAAACUUCCUUUACCAUUUAAUGAAGUACAGCCACAUGUUCGAAUAGGAGUUGGCCUAAAUAAAUGCAAUAUGGAAUUACCUUUAGGUGCAGAAGAAAUUUCAUAUUGUUAUAGAGAUAGGGAUGGGCACAUAUUAAAUAAUGGAGUUAGUUAUGAAUAUGGAAAUGGUUAUAAUAUAGGAGAUGUAAUAGGCGUUUUAAUGUAUAUGUCUCCACCAAAACCUAAAAUUAAAUAUAAAGGAAAAUUAGUUGCAGACAAUAAUAAUGAAGUGAAUGAAAACAGUUUAAUUUACUUUUUUUUAAAUGGAGUUUGCUAAGGAAAAGCGUUUGAAAAUAUUAAAUAGGGUUUUUAUUAUGCAGGAAUAUGUAGAGAUUAAGCAUGCGAUUUAUAGUAUUGUAUGAGUUUAUAAGUCGUAGCAGCAGAAAAUAGAAGGAGAAAUAUAGAUAUUUAAGGGUGUGAGACAUAAUAUAAAACAAUGAAUUAAUGUAUUGAUAUAGAACUUAAAAGAAUAUAAGGCCUUGAAUAAUAAUUAAGAUAAGCUGUUUUAGGUGAAGAAAAUAUAAACGAGAAACCUAUAAUUCUAACAACUAGUGGAAACAAGUCUUAACCUAUAGAAAUUAAAAUAUGA